AUGUCGGGUAUAGAGAUCUUGGGCAUAGCUGCCGCCGUCCUCCAGAUUGCAGAGCUCGGUGGCAAGCUUUCUGUCAAGCUUUUCACGUUCUCCCGCAAGGUUAAAAAUGCUCAUAGUAGUAUCAGCAGUAUCUCUAAGGAUAUCGCUGCUACUGGAGCUAUACUGCAGCAACUAUCUAGUGUGUUGAAGAAGGACGAAGAUCUGCGACUCUGCUCCCAGGAAGCCAUCGAAACUGCGAGAUCUUUGGUCUCGGAUUGCAGGAAGAUAUUCACCGAUUUAGAUGAAGCGCUUAGCACAGGUUCUUUGAGCAACAAAUACAUCGCUUCUCUCAGAGACAGGCUAAGAUAUCCAUUUCUCGAACCGCAUAUCGAUUUACUCCAGGCCAAUCUGGAAAGGCUAAAGAGCUCUCUUGUGGUGAUACUCAACGUGCUCAUAUUUGCUGAACAACUCAGGAGCCGUGAAGCAUUUCCGAUUCUACAAGAACAGCGAACACUUCUCCAAAUCUUGGUCGAAGAUCGCAAUAACACUUUGAAGAGUUACCAACAGAAACAAAAGCUGAUAGAUCAAAAACCUUUGCCAACGAAACUGCCUGACGCUAGUGAUCCUAUCUCUCCCUCGAUGAACCUCAAUGUCAUUUCUACUGGAGUGCACAACCCCUCUCGAGAUAGUGUCCUGGGCUGUGACCGGCAAAUCGAAAGCCACGGAAAACUCGUGGAAUCUCUCGUCGAGGAAAUCAACGAUCGCAAGCACAAGGUUAAUCAUGGUGUGCGCUACAGGCUGAACCAAAGCGUCAUGGAGACACACUGGGACGAAUGGUCGCCUUUGCGUAGGCUUUAUGGGGAUACAAGGAUAAUGCAGUGCAUGAGAAAUGGUUCUGAACUGGCACGAUUUUGGCUGUAUGAGAUCGAAAAAGCAGCCCUCACAGAUCUUCACAGACGCUCACGUGGUCGGCCACCCCUGUAUACACCCAAAGACGAGCAGUAUUCAGUCAACCCCGAAGAUCCAGUGCGGCCUACCGUCACUUCAGUCCGAGAUGAUGCGGACGCUCUCCCGCAAGGCAUGACAGACGCAAAAAAGCAGCGGACAGAUAGAGAUCAGUAUCUUCAAGGACGAAGCAAAAUGCUAGAUAGUGGUGAUUCAAUUGAGCAAAAGACUGCAGCACGGAGCACCAUAGACUUUGACAAAUUAUCCAUCAGCGAAGGCAGGGAGACUAAGACUAGCAACUACGACCGCAUCACGCCACGAAGCGACAACAAUAACAGUGCAGCACUCAGAUGGAAGGAAAAGGACGCUACAUCUGAAAUGCAGCUCGACUUUGCGACCGACCAACCCGGUGAAGAUGAAAGUGAUGAUGGCUUGUUUGCUCUACCGGUGGCCACCAAAUCGAGUUCUAAACAAUCUAUCAAUACAAUGCCUGUAGAAAAGCCGGAACUUAGCCUUCAAAUUCCUCAUUCACACGGACGACCAGUAACCUUUGACAUCAGCCACCGAGAUACGACCAAACAAUUCAGUGAAGCACAGUCGUUGGAAUAUAGCCUGUCUACAGAUUACGGUGGUUCACUAUUUGAUCGUACUGCGUGGGCUUAUCGACCUCGGGCAAGGACAAUUGCUAAGACUCUAGAGAAAUGGUGUGAUUUUGAGCGUCUUGAAGGGCCAAGUGGAGCGGUAAAGGAUAUUGAUAUCCCGCAAGCACCAGAUACUCCAAGCCACCCCAUUCCAGAUGACUCAAAAUCACGUCUUGAGACUAGAGAAACUUUUGAUACAUCGGCACAGCAAAAAGAAACAAUUCAAAGCACUACUAAUUUCAAAUCUGUCAUCGAAGCCGCCCGUGACUAUAACUCGAAAACUGAGAUUGCAGACGAGUCGCCGCACGGGAGCUAUUGUGGUCCAAAUAUCGGGAAAGGCAGACAUAGCAGCGUACGAAUUCACUUGAAUCUUGCUAGCGGCCGCAUCUACGUUGUCAAGCAAUUCACCAGUUCUGUCAAGAAGGCUUUUCUACUUGACGAAGAACAAAAUGGUUCGAGACUCGCCGAGAUAGAAAAUUCAUUGAGGGAGCUAACGUCUUUGAGACAUCCCAACAUCGUGCAGUAUCUUAGAUGCGAAUACUUUUGUCACCCGGUUGAAGUGGAUCUCGAAUACGUUUCUGGAGGAUCAAUAGGAAGCUGUCUGCGCGGCCACGGGAAGAUGAACGAAUCUGUAGUCAAAUCGCUUGUUGCUCAAGUGGCAAGGGGGCUAUCCUAUCUGCAUGAUGAAGGGGUCAUAGCUGGAAACUUGAGAGCUGACAAUGUCCUGCUGACCUUCGACGGCCAAUGCAAGAUCUCUGACUGGGGCAUUACCAAGCCAAUAUCCGAUCUUCUUGGCAUCAAUGCCGAGGAUAACGCAACCGACUCUGUCUUCUGGCUUGCACCAGAGGUCGUCUCGUCUAAGGGUGACAAAAGUUGCAAAAGCGAUAUAUGGUCACUUGGAUGUCUGACACUAGAGAUGUUCGCUGGGAAUCGACCCUGGGUCAAGGAAGAAGCUAUUGGAGCGAUUUACAAGCUAGGAAGUCUGAAAGAGGGACCACCGAUUCCGGACGACGUCUUGAUGACUGUAUCACCUGAAGCCUUAGCCUUCAUAUAUGAUUGUCUUACUAUUGCCAUAGAGGAUCGACCGACAGCGAAUCUGCUUCUGCAGAGUUCGCCAUUUUGUGUGAAUGACGCCUCCUUCAACUGGUACGAAACAGAUUUAUACAGAGCAGUACGUGUACAUGAUCCUAAGUACCAACCUGGUUUGGACGAUACAACAGAGAGUUCGAAAGCGACUUAUGUCGUCGCAGCCUCCAUUAAUGCGCACACCGACGACAGCUCAGAGCUCUUUCCCAGGUUAUCUUUUGCGAGUGCAGCACGUGGCUAUACAAAUUCGUCUCCGGCUCGUGUUGAUCGAGAAGUCAAGCCAGGUCGCGCAUCAGAGCAUGAUCAGCCAUUGGUCGAUGUCCGACGCCCUGCUGAGGACAUUGAGGAAGACGUUGAUAAAUUGCUUAUGCAGUGGACAACUCUGGGCGAAAUCGACCUCUUGAAUGCUCAAGAACUUUACUUUACCAAAGACCGAUACAGCAGAAAGAGUACUGACGGAAGUCAUAGAUCAAGGCAAUAA